AGUAGUUGUCUCCAAACCAAACCGUCCCAAACCCUACCCCCUCUCCUCCCCUCUCGCCGGCGAGAUGUCCGACCGCCGCCGCGACAAGGAGAAGCCCCGCGACCGCGACCGCGACCGUGAAAAGGACCGCGACAUCGACCGCCAUCGCGACCGAGAUCGCGACCGGGACCGGGACAGGGACAGGGAUCGAGAUCGCGAGCGCGACCGCCGCCGCGAGCGCGAGCGGAAGCGCUCCCGGUCCCCGUCCCCGUCGGCAGACCGGGACCGCUCCCAUCGCCGCCACUCCCACUCGCAUCGAGGCCGUUCGUCCCCUUCCCCCGACGCCGGCCGCCACAAGCGCCGCCGCGAGGCCUCCCCUGCCACUGCCGACCACCACCACAAGGAGGAUAAGAAGGCCACCGACUCUCACGCGACACCAAAGGGCGGAGGGGACCCCGCGGCCGCGGCCGCGGCCGCGGCGGUGGGUGACGGCGACGUGGAUGCGGAGGAACUGGAGAUGAUGAAGAUGAUGGGCAUCCCCGUCGGGUUCGACUCCACCAAGGGAAAGCACGUGCCCGACGCCGACGUCAGCGGGGUGCGUGCCGUCACCAAGCGCCAGCCGCGCCAGUACAUGAACCGCCGUGGUGGAUUCAACCGCCCUCUGCCGCCUGAGCGCAACCGCUGAGGAUGGGAAAAGGAACAUGUGCCAACACAAAGAUGUGCUGAUUUUGGGUAGCGGUUACUCUGUUAUUGGACAGUGUAGGAGAUGGGCCACUGCUGAGCAUGAAAACAGAAUUUGGUGGCUCAUUUUGAAACUAUGGCUUUACAGCUUUAACGUGAUGUUUCUGGCUUUCUGCGUGCAAUUUGCACUUGUUUCAGGUAAUCAGACAUGCACCACAUGGAUUCCCAAGUGAAACUGCUUUUGCUUUUAGUUGUAUGCUUUGCAAUGAAAUUAUUGGUAAUGGACAUGAGUACAACAUCUGUAACUAUAAGUUUCGAAGAUCUUACUGAGCUCUAGCAGAAACCUAAGAGGCCUGUUCUUUCAAUAAUAUGUAGAAUGACUCUGGUAAUUAUAAUAUAAGUUUAGGCUACUGAAUUAGAUCCAGAAUCUAGUACCGUGAGUGAUUUACCAGUUUAUGGUUGUGGCGUGAAAUGACCUUGAUGAAGAGACAAAAAGGCGUGAACAGUAAAAUGCCGGUACUGUGUUUAGGGAGACAACAGUUUAGUUUAUA